AUGGAUUUACAGGAACAUUAUCAAGUAAUAGGUGAAUCUAAUAAUCACAAUCCCCAAUUCAUCCAAGAAGUAGAGGAAGAGAUUGUAGAAUUGUGUGAACCUCUAGUUGUCAUUGAAUAGAUGUAAGAGUAACCUGUCAUUGAACUUGACUAAGUCUAAUUUGGAGCUAAUUAUGAUAAUGAACCUAAAGAAGGAAUGUGA